AAUCAGAGAGGAGAGGCCAUCGAGAAUGGUUCUAACCGUGACCGAGGACACUCCAGCGGACAUGCUGGCAGGCAGCAUGGAGCUGCUGGUCCAAUUACCCCGGGAGAAUCAUCUUCAAACGCAGAGGGUCACGGUGCAGAGAAGCACGCCGAUGAUGGACCUCCUCGUGCAGAUCGCAACGGCCCACAAGCUACCGGCUUCCAGCUACACGUUGCAGGCGAUCGGAGAACGAGGGAUGGUUCUUCCUCAUCAACCCAAUACGCCCAUUGGUGCACUCGACGCGCUUCAGGUGAAAUUGUUACCCAAGCAAGGCACUCUGAUGCCGAGGAAGGCGAAGCAGGCCAAUCAACCUUUCGAAACGACUUUCAGGUUGCAGGUACACCUGCCCAGGAACCAAUUGUACGUGUCCCGGGUCAGCCCUAAGAUGAAUCUGGGCGAGAUCUUGGACGAAGUCUGCCGUGAAAAAAACUUGGACAAAAAUAAAUACGAACUACGUCAUCCAGGGAACUUGGAGACUCUGGACCUUUCGUUGUCCCUGCAAGACUAUCACCUGCAGGAGGUCACACUGUAUGCUAAACAAGGGAGGACUCUGGGCUCGGGGCUUAGUACCCAGGAUAUAAUGGUUCUCCAGAGGCAGGAGGAGCGACGUAGGCAACAGGCGAAGCAGGGCGUCUUCUCGUUCGUGUUCAAGAAGUCGAAGGAGGGCUCGUUGAGUACUGACAGUCUCGGUGGACGUAGUGCGUCGCCUGCGAGGAGCGACGAAACCGGGAGGAGCACGAGCCCCUUGCAACCGCCUGCCAGGCCUCAGAGGAAGAGGAGGCCCGCACCGAAACCUCCUACUCAAGCUCAGCCUGAAGUCAGCAAUAGCGUGGAUGAGAAUUCUGGAGAUCCCGAGAAGGAUAAGGUCGUGAUUAGUCACAGCCGCAACAGCAGCGACAGUUCCGGUUACCACGAGGCUUCCGUGUUGAGCGACAACCCGGACUCCGCUGGGAGGCUCCCGGAGACGCUGCCGAGGAGGAACAAAGCUCCGUUGGAGAUACCGAGGAAGCUGGCCCACACCUCUCAGUCCAGUAAGAGCCUGUGCAACCUGGCCUCUGUUUCCGGUACGCUUAGCCACGGAAUUAGCAGCACCUCAUUGAGUUCCACAGGACGAAAGAAGAGGACAGCCCCUCCGCCGCCAGUGACGAGGCCGUUGUCCUCCGCGAUUUCCACCCAAGCAUUAGAACGCAUAGUAGAUUCCGAGGAAUCGUUGACAUCGGACAUGGACCCAUCGAAGCCUCCAUCAGACAUCGGCGCCCCGUCCAAAGCGAAUUCUGACAUAGAAGAUCGACCGAAAGCUAGCUCAGACAUCGGAGUGACAACCCUCGGUUCGAAAAUAUCCUCUAGCAUCGAUUUCACCAAGGAACCAGAACCGGAGCGAAAGAACGACCUCGAGCGUCAGCGAUCGGGAUCCGUAAACGUAAAGUUAUCCACGGAGCAAGACCGUCCCGUAGACGACGUUCCCGUAGAUGCUAGAGUGUCGCGGAAGAGAGUUGGAGAACCCGCUCCGCUCCCCAAGCCUAGAAAGCGCUCGACGACGCAACGGCCCGAGGUACCUAGACGCAAAAUAGCGCCGCCCUCUCCUUCCAGUAGAACCCUAAGCUCAGAGUCCAGCAACGUAGACCGCUUGUCCAACGCUCCGUCGCCCGUUGCUCGCUCCGAGAGCAUCGAGAGGAGUUCUGUCAGGUCCGAUGAGAAGCUCGAGGUCGUUUCCUGCUACUCCACUAGCGAGGAAGAAUUCUUCACUCCUGGGCCGGAUCAGUCUCAAGAAGUUUUCAAUUACGAUUCUAUUAUCCUUAAAGAGAAAACAGAAGCAAUGAAGAAUGAAGACGUUAAAUGCGAGAAGGAGUUGGAGGAAGGGAGUAUAGAAAAAUCAGAGAAUACUUCAUUGAUAGAAAAUAAAAAUUGUAAUCAAACUGUAAAAAUUACCAAAGAAGAAUCGAAUUCAGAUAAGGAUUACAAUUCUAUUAUCCUUGAAGAGAAAACAGAAUUAAUAAAGAAUAAAGAUGUUAAGUGCGAGAAGGAAUUGAGUACAGAACGAAAUACGCAGAAUUCAGAGAAUCCUUCAUGGAUAAAGAAUAAAAAUUGUAAUCAAGCUGUAAGGAAGAUAUCUAAGAGGGAAUCGAGUACAGAUGAGGAAGAUUCCUCUUUGCCAAGUGACGGAGUCCAAUCAGUUAAAGAGAAGAGGGUCUGCGCGGUGAUCUCGACGAUGCCAAAGUGCGACCACUUGAACGAGCUGAGCAUGGACGACGCGGUGCGCGUUCAGCGUGAGCAGAAUAAGGAGGGUUUUAAGGAGCCGAGGAAGGCCAGGAUCCCUCGGACGGCUUCCAAGUCGAACGACUUCGAGACGAACUCUUUGGAGAAGCAGAAGAGGCACUUGACUUCACACGCCGAGGAUAUCACGUUCGCUUUGAAUCUGAACGUGGCGUCCGCCAUUGCUCUGCCGAGGGAAUCUGAUUCUGAAGACACUCCCCCGGGUCACGCAGUGGGUUCACCAGAUAAUUUCUCAAAGACGGACGCACUGCUUCAGAAAGUAUCCGACACUUUAUCCAGCUCUUUACCCGAAACAUCUGUCAGUCCAACGGAAGUUCGUAAAGUAGAACCAUCGAAAGAGGAAGCAGAAGCAGAGAAGAAGAAGAAGAGCAUAGUUUGUCCAGAAGAAUCCCGCAUAAACAGCAGCACGCCGAACUUAACUGUGAGUUCGCAGCAGGACACAUCGGACUACGUCUCGGCAGCUGACGAGGAUUUAUCUGCAGUGGAAUGGGAGUACCAGCUUCCGGCGCCUCCUAGUGCCUUUCGGGACAGCCAGUCGCCAGUGUUCGACAAGUUCGAAGCGCCCGAAGAACCGAAACCGAUCGAAACUUCGAACGACAAAGACCGAAGGAAGACAUCCGAGAAACCAGAAAUCCGAGACACCAAAGUGAACGAAAUUCAGAAAGAUACUCCGCAAGAAAAGUCACUGAAGCAACAGAAAUCGGAGUUGAACUUGAAGAAGGAAGUGAUCAGCGAAUUGGAAAAUAAAAUAGGCACCCUGCCUCAAAGUUCGAAAGAGCUUGACUCAAAAAAAGCAAUAAACCAUCCAUCGACGCCGAAAAUCGCUCCUGUCGACAAUACUCUAUCGAACUUCACUAUAACUACGUACAGCAGACAAAAGAAUCUGAAUAUAUUCGAGGAAGUACAGGAACAGUCCAGAGCCAAGAACGACGAUAGGUUCAUCAAGUCGUUCGCUACGUUGGCUAGAAACAGGAGCAACUCGAAUGAUAACGAAGAUAGAACUGAGAAGGAAUUCGACGUAGGAACGUUGCAGGGGAAGAAGAGAGUCGAAGAGGAUGGGAAGAAGCUGGAACCAAAGAUACAACCGGAACCCUUGCAGAGGUGGCAGAACGAGAAGAGCAACGUUCAACGGUCGAAGAGUUCCGUCAGCGAGAAGCCUGUCCUCAAACUGAAUGUGAAGGAGAUUCUUAAAACCGAAAAGGAUUCGGAGGAUGGCGAACAGGAAGAUAAAAAGAGGAGCAAUGAGAAGUUCUCACAAUGGCGGGAGAAUAUUCUGAAGCGGCAAGAGAAUCCUACCAAAGAAAAGCAACUGCAGUCCAUACAGGUGAUGAAGAGCAUUUUGCCGCAGUUGAAAAAUGCUCAACAGGCGGAGGAAAAUGUGCCCAAAGAAUCGAUCGAUACAGUAUUAAUUGAAAAGACGAGAUCCGAGACUGCGUCUAACGAUCAUUCGACCGAAUCGAACGUCGUUCCGACUCGCGAGCCUAAUAAACUGGAAGCAGAGAUGAGAAAACCAUCCGUGGAGAACAAGGCGAAGCGGUACACCUACUCGGGGCCACCAACGAUCAAUCUAGGCAGCUGGUCUGAGAGACCGACCGCCAAUGUCCAAAUCAAAAUGGACACCGAUUACAAAUUCGGUAUCAAACCAAUCAACAACAACAACAACAACAGAACCGUAAUCAACAUAAAUACCACCAGUAAAGACGAAGUGGACGCCUCUAAUAUCGAAAGUUCCGUGAAACAAAGAGCUGACGUCCCGUCGAACGAGUUGACUAAGAAACUGAUCACUCACACAACGGCAACCGGCUUCAAAAGACCCGUACUAAAUAAAAUUAAUCCAGAGCCGAGGAAGAGUAACGACAAGCCGAUUGUAACCGGGGUAGAACUGAAGAAAGGUUUCGCUGAAAACAAGGACGACGAUGUCAUAGACACCAGCCCCUUGAAUUUUAAAGAAUUGACGAAGGCGUUCGGGCAGGACGUUUGCCUGCGACCGAAAUCGAAGCGGUCGAACACGAUCCAUCGUUCGGACUCCAAUUUGGAGAACGACUCUAGGAAACAGAACGGAUGCGUGAACACUGACGCUUUGACAAACGGUCAUCAGGAGAAGCCGAGGAGGUUCACUUCGGUGGUCGGCAUCCAGGCGCCGGGUACGCUUCUGUUCAGAAACGGACUUGCUGCCAAAGGGCCUGUGCCUGUUGUCAAAGGAUUCAAGAUCCCGACUGCAAGAGAAGAGCAGAGUAAUUCGAAGGUGGACGUUAGUAAGGAGCCGAAGGUUCCUCAACCUCCGAGGCCUCCGACGAUGCCAGUGAUCACUGGCGUGACUCUAAAGAGCGCCAGGCCGAAGUCCAUGCCGGUGCAAACGGACCGGCGGGACGUUCUACUGGAAUCGAUUCGGAACUUCGGUGGUCGUGAGAAUCUAAAGAGCGCCUCCGGGAUCUAUCGAACUUAACUUCCCUCGUCCAAACCGGAGAUCGUGGACGUUCCAUUCCCGUGAGGACCACUCUGGUGCUUUAGCGAUUAAACGAAAAAAAUUAGUCGAGCCGAGGAAUGAAACGAACUUCGUUCGUUAACGUUCAAAUUUCUCUUGUCGAUUUCAAUCGCCGCUCUUCAACGCUCACGUGUAAAUAUCGUGUGUAAAAAGCCGAGAAUAGGUAAAGGGUUGUCAAUAGAAGAAGAAGAGGGGAAGAGCGUGUACAUAUUAUAUCUAGGCGUGUAAAGCGAUAGGAGGAGAGGUGUGUGCAUUUGUCCAAAUAGUCAACGGACCGUACACGGUCCGUUCCCGAAACGUUGUUGCUCAUCACAUGACGCAGUCCACGCAGUUUGUUAAGUUUUUCUUUUUUUUUUCUCUUCUUUUACUUGGUUCGCCCGACCGUUCGGUUUUAAUUUAAGAAGUUACGCUAGAACGGUUGGCUCAAUGUUCGACUAACACGUCCUACGUUCUGCUUUACGAUUAACAAUUUAAGUUUCUAUCACUGGGACCAAAGGUGACGUCUUUUUAUUUUACGUAUCGUACAACGAAUUUAGAUGCAGUUUAAGGUGUGUGCAAAACUCUACGAAAGAUGCGAUCUUUUCGUUUUCUGAGAGAGAGAGAGAGAGAGAGAGAGAGAGUGAUAGAGUGAGAGAGAGAGUGAAAAAAAUCUGGUCAUGCGUUAUGCAAUUAAGCGUUAACACGUGUUCGCUCGGUACAACGAAGAUUUAUUUAACAACAGUUUUUUUCCUUUACGUUCACGUCGUUUUCUGUUAAGUCGAAAAUGAAGAAGAAAAACAAUAAAGUUGAAUAGUUUUUGGGUCCGCGUGUAGACGCGGCAUUCUGUUGAUAUAAUUAACUACUUAUUUUUGAAAUAAUCGAGAACUGUUGCUAGUUUUAUGAACAGCGAAUCGUUACGGCAAGUGGAAGGGCAUAUUUCUAUGUAAAUAGCAUGUAACGUGUUAAUACUGUAUUUAAUACUAUCUUCUCUCCUGAAUAAAAUAUAUUACGGCGAGACUUAUAAUUUA